UCUGCUGCACUGCUCUUUCUCUCUGCGGAAUGCGCACUGCACUGGUGGGUGGGCUUUACAGAGGGAGCGAGACAACUUGUGCUGCUUGCAAACAGUGACGAGAUCUACUAGUCCUAGCUUGAGUGCUCAGGUUUCGGUAGAGUGCCUUGGGAAUCGCUUUUACCCACCGCAUUAGUUUUUCAUUUAAAAAAAGUAUUUCCAUUGAGACUUAAAAGAUCGUUUUAACCCUUUCUCCAGACUUUUCAAGUGUUUAUUAGCUCUCAUCUCCUGCAUUUUAUUACUCUCAAAGAGAGUGUCCGCCCCGAGGCGUUUGACUCUGUGAGUGCACAUUUAUUUCGUCCAGGACCUCAGACAUAAAAAUGGCAAAGGAUGGUAAGAAGAGCGAAUGGAAAGAGUUCAUCUGGAACCCGAGCACUCGUGAGUUCUGCGGGAGGACGGCUAGCAGUUGGGGUUUGAUCCUGUUGUUUUACCUGGCAUUCUACAUUUUCCUGGCUGGCCUAUUUGCUCUUACCAUGUAUGUAAUGCUGCAGACACUCGAUGACCACAAACCAACAUACCAGGACAGACUUGCAACUCCAGGGAUGAUGAUCAGACCUAAAGGAGAGCAACUGGAGAUCUCUUACACGGUAGAGUACACAGAGACCUGGGAAAGAUAUGUCCAGGCCCUCAAUAACUUUCUUUCACCCUACAAUGACUCAGUCCAGGUCCAGAAGAAUUAUGAUUGUAAACCAGAUCAGUACUUUAUCCAGGAGGAUAGUGGCAGUUUGAGAAACUUCCCCAAACGCUCCUGCCAAUUCAAACGCUCCAUCCUGGAUGAGUGCUCGGGUAUUACAAAUCGUUACUAUGGUUACAACUUGGGCCAGCCCUGCAUCAUUAUCAAGCUGAACCGAGUGAUUGGUCUGUUACCCAGUCAGGAUAGACAGGCUCCUUUCGUCACAUGUGGUGCUAAGAAAUACAAAGUUGGGAAAGAUGAGUGGGCUGAUGACACAGAUAAACUCGGCCAACUGGUGUACUUUCCCCCCAAUGGCACCUUCAACCUCAUGUACUACCCAUUCUAUGGCAAGAAGGCUCAGGUAAACUACUCUCAGCCUCUAGUGGCCAUUAAGUUCCUCAACAUCACCAAGAAUGAGGACGUCAACGUGGAGUGCAAAAUAAAUGCUAACAACAUUCCUGAGGGCACUGACCGAGACAAGUUUGCAGGACGCGUUUCCUUCAAACUGAGGAUCAACUCCAGGGAUUAACAAGAAGAAAGUGUGUUUCCUAAUUUUACACAGACACACACAUGCACACACACAUCCUCCCAAUCUAACAGAGUUUAUGACUAUGGCACAGCGAGACAUAGGCCAGACAUAGCAGUGUUCAGCCUAGACAGAACAAAGAAAAACGGUUCUGUAUUUUUCUGCAACAGUUUUCUGUUUUUGUACAUAAGUGUUUGUGUGUGUGUUUUUGCAUGUGUGAUUUGGGAUAUAAUUUAUUUUCUGAAAUACAAAGUUUAAUUGCAUGCUCAGCUAAGGGAGCUAUUAAUUAAAAAUAAUAUCCUAUAUUAAAAUAAUAUUAAGAAUAAAUUGAUAUAAUUUUGUAAAAUGGAGAACAAGUAUAUAAUACAGUUUAUCUGUAUCAAUUUAGGAGACAGAGUAAUUUUAAAAAUGAUUCCAUUUCAUUUCAGAGCAGCUGUCUGAGUUAAAAGGGGUAGUUUACCAAAAAACAAAAAUUCUGUCAUCAUUUACUCACCUUCAUGUUGUUCCAAACCCACAUGACUUUCUUUCUUUUGUGAAAUACAAAAGAGAUGUUGAGCAGAAUGUUAAGGAAUUACAGCCUCAGUCCCAAUUUUUCAUACAAUGAAAGUGAAGGGAGACUUAGACUGUCAGUCCCUAAAAUUCUGCCUGACAUAUUUAUUUAUUUGCUUUAGGUUUGGAAUAACAUGAUGGUUAGUAAAUGAUGACAGAAAUUUCAUUUUUCAAGAAUAGUCCCUUUAAUGUGCUAGGAUGGCAUGAUCUUGUGUGUUUGGAGCAUAUCUUAAUGCUGGGGAUUUUUUCGUUUUGUUUUGUUUGCAAGAGUGGGGUUGAAAUUCUGUGUCUUUAUUACUGAAGAGGAUAUUUUAUACCAACAUGUAGAUAAAACAGUGCAUGAUAAACAUAAGCUCUUCAACACACACACAAAUACACAUAGAUGUGUAAACAUUCGGAGAGUCAGACAAGCACCUGCACACUGAUACAUUCACAAUCAUUCCUGCAUUUCUUUCAGACUGUACUAUUAUAUGAUGAAUUGUAUCACAUGCUUCAUUUAUCAUGAGGCAUGUCUAUUUAAGAUUGUUUAUAUGUAUAAAUAGGUCUUUUUUAGUAUUUUUCUUUCUUUUUUAAAAUGUUUAGUCCUAUCUGUCUUACAUGGUAAGGGGUUAAGAUAUUUUACAUUAAUUUGCAUCGGCUGUGACAGCAGGCAUGGGUUCGGUUCCGCAAAAUGGGUAAAAAUGUUUGUUUGGGAUGUGUGUGUGAAACUAUGUGUGUGGAUUCCUGCUUGUGCAUGUGUGUUUGGUUUGGUUUGAUUUUUAUUUAAUUCCUUUUUUCAUGUUAAACAUCUUUGUGCACAAUUUAUUUUCUGAGUACUUUUUCAUUUUGUUGUAAGUGACUCUAAGCAUAACCAUAGAAACAGAUAGUGAGAGCAGGAACAGCAGGUUUAUGUUUCUGCUGAUAAGGGAGACAAAAGUGAAGCCAAACCAGGCCUCACCCUGCAUGAGUCAAUAAAGUAAAAACAACGUCACCCACUUCAUUUCUCUUCAUUUUUAUGUCAUCUCUGUCUUUUGUAUUUCCUUAAACACAUAACCUUCUUAACUGAGGACAUGCUCUCACCUCCAUGUAGAUGGUGUGUCAUAUACUGUAUGUAGAGCUCCAUGGCCUGAGGUUGUUUCAGGUCUACUGUCAUGCAGAGAACUGAUCACCCAUAACUAUGUACACACUGCUGCUCUGUGUCAUACAGUAUAGCCCCUCUGACAUGAAUCUGCCCAAGUGUGUACACUUCCUCUGAUACCCUAAUCCUUUAAUCUCAUUGGAUAAUCCUGCAUAGGGUAUGGUACUUUACAACAUUUGCCCAACCCAACCAACCAUCCAUCCAUCCAUCUGAUUAUUACAUUCACAUCCAUUCAAGGAGAUAAAAUUAAGUGAACUAAUUUACUGAGAAAUAUUCCAUUUAGCAUCAAAAUGCAUUAUCGAUACAUUAAAUCACAUGUAUGUGUGUCUGUGAUGAAAGUGACCUCCGGUGUCUGAAUAUUGCAUAUUUUGUGUGUGCGUGUGCGUGCGUGCGCGCAGUGCAGUGCAGUUGUUAUCUGAUCCAGCAGAGCAGAGGAUGGUUCAAACCUACAAAAUUAAAUAUUCAUUUACCUCAAGCUCCAGAUCACAUGUCAUUCACUCAACUUUACAAUAGUUCACUUCACUCAAAAAACAGAAAUUAACACAGGGUCCGAUAUUAACAGGGGCUCAAGGCAAAAAUGGCACAGAAAGUGCAAAAAUGCCCCCAUAAUGAAUUCCUUUGUGUUUUAUUUGUGACAUCUGAUAUAAUAUUAGUAUAUCAUUAUUAUAAGAUAUAAUUACGCAUAUGAAUAUUAUGUUAAUACAUUGAUAACAUAUACAGUAGGUAUUUAAUAUAAAAGGAUGACACACAGUAUUUUUAUAUGAU